AGUCCUGCUGCAGGCUGAAUCUGUAGACACUGGAGCUCUGUCCACCUACAGUAAGGCUGAGCAGAGGCUACAUGCUGACCAGGUUGUGCUGCGUGCUAUGGCAGAGGGAGUGUCUCGUAUGAAGGACUUGAGGGAAAUAGGCCAUAAUCUGUCCCACAGAUUGGGCCAGGCUGAGAGUCUGAAACUGGAUGUUAUGCAGACCGUGAUUGAUUCAGAGGAGCAGUGGAAAACUAUACUGCUGUCUAUAGACCAACACAGGAGUCUCCUCCGGGGCGACCCCGAGCUCUCGUCCUCUCUUCUUGUCCAGAGGCAGCAGGCUCGCUCCACAUUGGCCAAUCUCCAGCAACAGAUUACCCAGCUCCCCCAACUCUUUCCCUGGCCUGGCUUGGCCCAAAACAGACAGGUCGCCAAACAGGCCCGGACCCUGCUAGAUCAGGCCAUAGCCCUGGGGCCAGUUUUCUCUGACUUGAAGUCCCAGAGGAAGAAUCUAGCCCAGGGCACCAGGGACCCCCAUUGGGAAGACCAUUCCUGGGCUCCACUAGAGGACUGCCAACCCUUCUUGGUGAACAAACUCCAGGGAAUAUGUGACAGUCUUGAAGGGCGUGCCCAUAAUGAGGAUCUCUGUGGUCAGCUGGCACAGGAGUGCCGCCACACCUUAAAUUCACUCCAGGAGAAAAUGUUGGUUAUUGAGUCCCUGCCAAGAGACACUAGCGGCCUGGAAACGGAUAUAGGGGCGUUGGAGGCUUUGCAAGAGGCUGUGGGUUGCACAGAAAACGACAUUGUGGCGCUGGAGUCUCUUAAGGACAUCCUGCUUGCCAGCUGUACCUCUGAGGGUCAGGCCUCUUUGUCUCAAGAGAUCGAAGACCUCCAGGACCAGAGGAAGGAGCUAGAGAGGGGCAUCAGCUGGCUGGCUCAACUACAGGCAGAGGAGCAGAUAGCCCAGAAAGAUCAGCCGGUCCGAAACGAGGUUGCCCACAUUCAGGGUGCUCUUCACGGUUCGGCUGUGUAUUUAGGGGACGACCCGGAAACAACAGGACUCACUGACAUCAGACUGCUCCAGGAACGCUGGGACAACCUACAGGACUUUGACCAGAGCCUGAAGAAGAUUGUGGCACGGCUUCAUCAACUCGAAGGAGAACUUGGGUCAGAAGACAUACAUGAAGAAUUUCCAGCCCAUGUGACUUCGGCUGUGGAUGCAGUGGCCAGAGAAUUAGACAGCUUGUGUUUCUCUCUAAAUGAACGGAUGCAGCUGUGUUCAGAUGGGAAUGCUCAUAGACUGUGUAGGGCCAUCCUUGAAAUGCAGCAGUGGACCCAGACAGCACAGUCUAAUCUAAAACAUUCAGUUCAGGUCACUCUGAACACAAGGAAGCAACUCCAAGGGACUCUAAGGGAGACUUUGUCACAGCUAGAAGUUCUAUUGGACUGUGUGGGUAGGAAGAAGCUUGAGGAAAGGCCUGGGAUGGCCUUUAACAACAGUGCAGCUCUCUUCACAGUCUUGGCCCAAUCUCAGGUCUCCCCUGUGAGCACAGAGAGGGAUGAGGACAAGAAGCUAGGAAACACACCUGAUAAUGCGUCGUCUUGCAGCAAGGCAUCUCUGUUGUCACCCGUCAAGAAACUGACACCAGGCAGGACCAUGCCCAUGUAUGCUAAUAUUGACUCAGCAAAGGCUUUGGAGAAAGAGCAGGCUGGAAUCAGAGUGCAAAGUCAAAGAGCCUAUAAUGGACGACCCACAGAUGCUCGUAAAGAUACUGCCAAAAAAGCGAUGAGAGACCCUGAAAUGUACGUGGAGAACAAAGAAUACGAUAAAGACUUGGUUGCGGGCUGGGGUACAAAGGAAGACAGUGUUAUCACAGGGAUGGAAGAUGAGGAUUGUCUAAUCCAAAUUCCCAUGGGAGAAACCAUAACCCAAACUCACAUCGCCAGCCCUGAUAUCUCCACCGCUUUGGCGACGCCAGAGAUUCUGGGCGCUCGUCUAUGUGGGGAUAAUGUAACUAACACAACAGCUCACCAUAAAGAACGACUGGCUAGAGAGGGAACCUCAUCUCAGACCUCCCCUCAAUCCCAGUCAGACGCCAAAACACCAGGCAGAUUGUCAGGGACUGGAGGUGGAACUGAAACAAAGAAAGUGGUUACACUUGUUUUUGAUAUGGAGGUACCGCCUCCUCAGUCCAAAGACAUUCAAACCAUAGAGCCUCCUUGUGGCACUGGCUCAGGCAUGUCUGGGAACUUUGUUUCAAAACUGACUGAUAGUUCUGUCUCUGUCAGAAUCAAGGACACCAACAGUGGGGUUCACAUGUCUAAGUGCAGGGGAUUGGAGAGGGCUGAUAUUAUGAGCUCCGAGUCCGAUGGCCCCAAAAAGAUGAGUUGGAAGAGCCCCUCUGUUUCAAAGAACACAGAAUCAAAAGGACUUAAAUCAGAGUGUGAGCAAUCACAGGGCCCCAAAACAAAUAGUCUGGAAUUGAAAGAACCCGAAUUGAGCAGUGCAGAGUCUAACUCUGCUAAUUCAAUGCACACAGUGUUACAGAAACGUACUUAUUACUCUGACAUUACUGAAUCACCAAGUGUUGAUGAUGACAUCAUCGUCACAGCCUCCAAAGACACCAGGCAGACAGAACUGAAAGACCAAACAACAGUAAACAACGGAGCCACUGACAUCAGAAUGGAGAUUACAGACAUUAUCUGUAUAAAAGACGGUACAGAUGACAGACAGACUGUGAGCAAAGACACUAGGAAUAUGGUUGCUACCGAAUUUCAACAGGGGAAUGUUGUAACAGAGAUGGCCGCCUCACGGUCAGACGCCACACGGUCAGACGCCUCACGGUCAGACGCCUCACGGUCAGACGCCUCACGGUCAGACGCCACACGGUCAGACGCCACACGGUCAGACGCCUCACGGGCAGACGCCUCACGGUCAGACGCCACACGGGCAGACGCCACACGGGCAGACGCCACACGGGCAGACGCCACACGGGCAGACGCCUCACGGUCAGACGCCUCACGGGCAGACGCCACACGGGCAGACGCCACACGGUCAGACGCCUCACGGUCAGACGCCUCACGGGCAGACGCCACACGGUCAGACGCAGCAACACCGAUGUCUGCAGCAACAGAUAUCGAGCCCCAAGAGAGGAGAGAAGGGAAGGUUCCACAGGAACAGGAGGGUAAAGUCGAAUGGAUUACUUCUGUCCUGACUGAGGAACGGGUAUCAGAAGCUGUGACGGAGGUGGUGAGAUUUGGGGCUACAGUGUUCCCAGAGGUCUCGCACCACAGGUCCGCCAUGCAACGCAUUCUCUCUGAGAUCCAAGGCAUGGUGGAGAGGAGAGACACCUUCAAGGGAGGCCAGGGCAUGGAGGCGUCUUGGUACCUGGAGCCUUCAUCCAGAGAACCAGAGAUCCGACUUGUGGGCACUGUUCUAAGGGUUCUAAGAUGCCGCUACCAGCCAGCCCAGCUCAACCCUGCCUGGAUGGCCCUGCAACUGAAACAGGCUGAGGAGUGGAAACACUACCUGCUUGAGCAGGUAGCCAUGAUGAACAAUGUAGGUAAGGCCGAAGCCUCUGACCCAAAGGGCACCAAAAAUCUGGACGGGCAAUGGAGUGCAGCCCUACUGGAUGCUUCAGCCACUGUGCAGAUCAAAGAGGCUCAGCUCCACCUGGUCACAGAGUACCAAAGGCAGACACAGGCCAUCCAAAGCAAUUUGGAGAGAUGGGCAGCCGAGUUUGAAGCACUACAAUUGAAAACUCUGGGAAGCAGUGCCCUUUUGGCUGAAAGACUACAUACUCAAUUAUGUAGCAUGGGACAGCAGAAAGGAAUGAUCGGGGAGCUGUUCCAAGUUUGUUGCCAGGUUUCUGCUCACUUGAGUGAAGACGAGCGGUCAGGGAUGCUCCUUGCUCAGCUGGGGGAACUGCAGGAGAAAUGGAGGUUUUUGGAGGGGGCUGGGAAUAGAGCCCUGAGGCACAUUACCAUCAGUUUUUCUCAGUCUUCUAUGCUUCUAGAAGAGGCUGAGCAGCUGAAUGGCAAGCUUCAGGCUUUUCAGAAGUCCAUCACCCUCUUACAGUCCUCAAAAUUGCAGCAUGACGUCCAUAGAGUGUUACAGCUGACUUUCAUGACAGCUGACCUGAAAGCCUUAAACCAGAAGUACCUAUGCCUGCAAGGGAAAUCCGAGGCAUUUAUCCAGUGUUUUCUUGGGAAGAAGGAGAAGGACAAUAUGGAGUGUACUCUUCAGGAAUUGGGCAUGUUACUUGAAUCUACUCAGAGUUUGCUCUAUGUUCAGCCACUCUCCAUUGCAAACCCCUGCUUGGCUAAGAUCACAAAGCAGAUGCAGGACUUGAUAGUGUGGGCCAAGCAGACAGAAUACCAUAUCACAGCAGGUAAAAACCUGUCUCUCUUUCCUGAAGAGGCCCGUCUCCAAAUUGCCAGUAUGAGGAAACUGCAAUCUGAAAUUUUGGUAAGACAUUCAAAUGUGCACUCCAAAGUUGAGGACCUGAAAGCACUUAUUUCAGAUGAGAGGGAAAUUGACAAAGUAAUUGCUUCAUUGAAGACCUUGGAGGAUCUCUAUGAAACAAUCUCAGAGACUUCUGCUUGUACUCUGAAUGAAAUGGAGUCUGUUUUGGAGGAAAGAGAGAAGAUGCUGGGUCAGAUCUUGAAAGUAAACACUUGGCUUGCUGUGGGAAAACAUGAGAGAGAAGUCACUGCUGGUGUUGAAAAUGUAUCCAAAGACACGGUCCAAGAUUUGGAAAGCAAGUUACAGUUUCAAAAGGAUGCCAUCAAGGAAGCAGAAAGACAGCUAGCUGUCACAGAUGCCCUUUUGGGGACUUGCAUGGAGGUCUGUUUGGGGUUGAGUCCAGCUGAGAUCAACUUUCUGAUCAAUUGGCUCACAGGUCUCCGGACUGAGGUGGACAUAGUGUUGGCCCAUGAGAAAGCAUGCCACUGGGAGCUGGAAGAACUGAUUCAUGCCUGGACUUUUUCGGCUGAGGAAUUAGGUGACAUCCAGAUGAGCGUGCAAGAGAUAUGUGCCAACCUGGACAAGCAGGAGUUCCCAGUGACAAAAAACUCUCUCUAUACCAUAGAACCGUUGAUUCACAUGCUUUUGGACCACCAAUGUCAGACCCAUGAGCUCCAGUACUGCCAAGAGACCCAGAAAAGUGUCCAGUUGCAAACCAUUGGCAAAUUGCUGGAGAGGACAAAAACUCUUCACAAUCAUGCUUUGGAAUACGAGAAGUACCUGGGAAACCGGCAGGGCAUCGUAGACUACAAGGAUGUGGUAAAGGAGCAAGCCCAGGGCGUCAUAGACAAAAAAGUCAGCGUAGGGGAAAGGUUUAGGCUUUGCCAGGUUAUGCUGGUGGAACUUCCUCUGGUAAAAGUCCUUUGUCAUGAUGUAGCGGACCAGUUUGAAGCCAUCUCCCAAGACUUACAUUUGUCAGAGAGAAAGUUACAAAUCUCGGAGAGGCAGUGGAUCCAGCAAACUGUUGAAAAUCUAGACUCCUGGGAGCUAACCACUAUGGAAAAUGCAAAACAACUAGAGCUACAGCUUCUUGAGGGUCUUAAAUUCUACACUGAGCUUCCUGCCACUAUUGACCUUCUGCAACAGUUCAGACAAGAGUUGAUGGAUUCUAACCCGGUUGAGCCAGAUAUUACGGCUAUCAGAUUAUUGCUUCAGAGGUGCUGGGUGAUCUGGAGGAACAUGGAGUCUGGCAUGCGGGUCUUGGACGCUUUGGGGCAGAGAGAGAAAGUGGACAUAAGCCUGUGUGAAGAGCUGCACUCCCUGAGGAAUGAAGUUGUGGACAGGUGCCAAGCACGAAUGGAGAGUUUGUCCCAGGCCCGGGAAUCCCUGAAGCACUAUCACUGGGCUGCCAAAGAGGCGGUAGCCUUCCUCUACCAAGCAGAGAACAUGUUCCUGUCACCCCCGGAUGGAUUUCUGGAUUGCACAGAAGAGCUGCGGCAUACUGAAGAUGCCUUAGCAUCUCUUGGUCAGGGCCUCCAGGCGCACCUCAGCCAUCUUUUGGAGCUGGCACCCCAGCAAGCCUGUCUCUCGUACCAACAGAUGGAGCAGCUCCACAUCCGUCUUCUGAGCCAUCUGUUCGUGGAGAGGGCCACACUUGAGGCCCAGGUCGAGCUCAGGAAGGAGGCCUUGCAAAGAUGUGCAGACAGACAAAUGCUCAACAGGAAGUCUCUUGAGGAGUUGAGGCAGAUCCUUCAGGAUGGCGAAUCGAGGCUCUCUCAGUGUGCUGCUCAGGAAGUGACCUCAUACGCCAACUUUGUUGACCAACAGGAAAGAGCCAAGGUGCUGUCAAAGGACGUGCUGUCUAUAGCUAGGAGGCUGGAGUGUCUGAGGGUGCUGUGCCCUCUACAUGGAUGCUGUGUGGGUACUGAGGGGGCACUGGGUGCCCUCUGGAGGCGCUGGGCAGCACUGCAGCGUAGCGUUAACCUCCUACUUGCACACCUGGAGCAGAGAGGGGCAGAGUGGAGUGACGUUACCAAGAGUAUGGCUCAAUGCAGCAGUGCUCUGGAUAAGCUGCAGGAUGAGCUGCCGGAACCCGCGGUGUCAGCUUUGGCUCAGGGCGAUCCACUGGUUCUGCUAGGGCAGAUGGAUCAGUGCCAGGCUGCGCUAGAACGGGAGCGGCGAACCCUGGCCUUCCUGGAGUGCCGGCUGUCCCAGCUCCUGGGCAUGUACAAGCCUCAGGAGGCAGCUAGCCCCGUCCCAGUCUGCCAAGUGCUGAGAGACCUGCAGCAGCGCCUUGAAAACCUAAGAGAGCAUAUCGUGCUGGUCCAAAGCAGGGUGCUUUCAGAGGAGCAGGAGCGGGAUCAGGAGCGAAUUGGGGAGUUAAAACAGCAAGUAGUUAUCCUGCUCUCUGUUCUGGAGACCCACCCCAGCACGCACCAGCUAAAGGAUGUCAGUGUGGAGUUGGAUACCCUGAGGGCCAGCUUACAGUCCAUCGUGGAGUGUGUCUGGAGAAAGUAUGCUCCCCUGGUACCCCUGGAAGUGGAGAGGCUGCUGCAGGAGGUUACCAGCUCUCUCCAGGACAUGGAGGAGAAGGUUGACCAUGCCCUAGAGAAGAACAGGUCACUCUCUAGACUUAGUGGCAGGAUGGCAGAGGUCCGUGUCGGGCUAGAAGAGGUCCAGACAUUGCUGCAUCAGAAGAGCCCCUCUGUAUCCGAGGCUGAACGUGUGUUAAAGUUGGUGUGGGACCACUUGGAACAGUGGCACAGCCGGCUGGCCCUCCUCGAGAGUGAGGUGCAGGAGACGGCAGAGGAGGAGCCGGAGUGGGCCCAGCUCCUCAUGGACCAGCUCACCCAGCCGCUUCAGCUCUACCAGGACACAGCCCAUCUGGCUGAGCAGCGUACUGCCUUCCUGAGCAAGAUCCCUGCUUGCCUCCAGGAGUAUGAGGACAUGAUCCACAGUGCUGGCGGCUGGAUAGAUGAUGCUCAGUCCUGGUUAGAAGCUCCCCGCGCCUACAACACAGCGCGGAGCCUCCAGAACCAGGCUAACACACUGCAGAUGGUGUUGGAUGACUCAGAGCGUAUCCGGGCCACUCUGAUGGGCUUUGGGCCUGUGCUGGAGCAGAUCUCUGCGGUGUGUCACAUCAGCGCCAUGGAGGACAGGCUAGUCCAGACUGAAUGUCAAGUCACCGACAUGCAGCAGAAGAUCAUGGGGCCAUUAGACAAGCUAAUGCACAUCACUCUGGAAGUGGAUGCCAUUGAAGCGGAGGUAAAGACGAUGGAGAAAAACGUGACCAAGAUCAGAGCUAUUUUAUCCUCUACUGAUGCGCUGAACGUCUCAUUUGAAGAACACCUCCACAACAGGCAGGUAAUCCUGGCCAACAUCCAGUCUAUGAGGAGGACCGUGGGGGAGAUAGAGGUGUGUAAGGCUGAACUCGAGCUACCACAUGGGGCAGAAGAGACCCUUACUGCCUUUUCCAGAGCCAUGCAACUCCUAGAUAGCCUCCAGGAGCUGGAGCAACUCACACAGGAGCAAAGCAAAGCACUGGAGGGCAAGAUGGGAGAAGAGCGGCAGACUGAGGAAACGGUGCCGUCAGCUGCUGUGUGUGUGACGGCAAAGCCCAGUGGCCUUACUGUGAGCAGCCAUCUCUGGGAUCCACACCCACUGGGAACUACCAGCGGUCAGAAGAUAGACCCUUUGGAAGCAUGCCUUUCUGAGGAAGAGGAGGAAUAUGAUGACGAAGAUGCUCACUCAUCAUCUUCUGACACGCUUACAUGCAGUUUUUCCGAGGACCCAGACGAGACUCUUAUGGACCAGAAACCUGCAGAAGCAGUGGCUCCAACUCCCCAGAUAUUGACCACUAUGUCUCAAGAUCACACCAAUGCUGUCUCUAAGACUAAUCCAGUAGACAUGGCAACUGGGUCCGUAAUGAAACCUAAUGGGUCAGUUACCUUGGAAAUUGAUAGUGGUCAGUUGCAAGAUUCCACUAUCAACUGCCAAAACGAUCUGUGCAGGAUAUGGCACCUCCUUCACACUUGGCUGUCAGACAAACUCAACACUUUGAGGGAUUUUCCGGAGGGACGUCUGCAUGCGGCUGCAGCGUCAAGGGGAGAGCGAGCUGGCUGUGGCUUCGGUUGCCUGAGAGAGAUGCAGAUGUGUACUUUAAGUCUCCAGCAUCUCAGAGACAGAGCAAGUGCCCUCUCCUCUGCCAGCUCCGAGAAUGACGGCCGUCCCGUGUUGGAUACGGAGCUCCACAAAGCUCUGUGCGGGGUGGAACAUUGUCUGGAGACACUCAUGGAUCUGUUGCUUGGUCCCACCGUGUCUAUGAGCACCAUGGAGGACUGUCUAACACUGCUACUGAUGGAGUGCCUCUCAGCAGAGCUGCCAACCCUGGUUGAGGAGCUGAACAACAUGAGCUCAGUGGUUAAUAUAAACCAGCUGGCUGAAUCACCAGUGACCACAGCCAAGUGUAUAACCUGUCGUCAGGCUUGUCUCCAAACAGCCCAGUCAGCCCUCACUUCCUCACUGAACCGGCUAGAAACACAACUGGGUCACAAUCAGAAGCAGGCGGAGCCACGGGACAGCAACGUGUGUGUGUAUGAUGACAUGCCACCUGGACAGAGUGGUCCAAUCACACACAUCAAAGAUGUCCCCGUGCCGGAGUGUGUUGAGGCCGUGGAGUUGCGGCGGGUCUCCCAGGCCCUGCUGCAGGGGUUCGCCAGUCUGGUGGAGAUGGCCAGAGAGCGCCUGGCACACAGCCAGGACCGCCCCGCACACAGCCAGGACCGCCCCGCACACAGCCAGGACCGCCCCGCACACAGCCGCACGCAGCUGCAUACUCUGAUCAGCAGCUACAAAAAGUUGUUCCAGGUCAUAGGGUCCCAGCUGGCUUUGGUGCAGCUGCUGUUCAGGUGUUGGCCACAUGGGGCGCUGGUUAGUCACGAGGAUGAAGUGGUCCGGCUGGAGCAACAGGUCACCGCUCUGCAGCAACAGGCUCUGAAACAGGGAGCCGACAUGCACAGAAUGCUGCAGGACUGGACACAGUGGGAUGAGGAGUGUAACCGGCUGAACAAGUUGGUGGAUGACAUGGAAGCCCUCAUCCCUUGUGAGGGUCCCAUUGAGGAAGAAGAGGAUGAAGAGGGGCUGCUACAGAAAAGACUGGACGCCUGUCAGCUAGUUCUGGCCAUGUUAGAGGAGAGCCGGCCUGCCUUGGGCUCAGUCCUGGACCAGGCGAAGGCUCUGCAGGCCAGGGGAAUCCGUACUGGGGUCGGCAGCACAGGGAGCGUCCUGGAGCUGCGCUGGAGGGCACUCCUCACCAAGGCGGAGCAGGAAAACCAACGCACCUGUGACAUCAGAGACAACUGGACCAGGUUCCACAAAGAAACUGGGUUGCUCACUGAAUGGUUGGGCUGUGCUAACGAACAACUGAAGACAUGGUUAAAUCUGCCCAACGCUACGCUGCAAGACGAGGAGCUCACACGCACAUAUCUCAUUCAACUACUGGGGUUUUCAGUGGAGCUGGAAAUCAGGUCCUCUGAAAAGGCCUCUGCCCUCAGGGCCGGAACGUCACUCCUACAGCUGAAGGAGGCUGAAGCACCGUGCCUGCGCACACAGAUGAUGCACCUGGAACAAACCUGGAGUGAAGUGACGUCUGCACUUCCCAGAGCCCAUGAAAGACUUCACCAGCUCCUGUUGGAGGGGUGGCCACCAUGUCAAGUGUUGUCAGGCUUGGAGGCUUGGGUGAUGGAGACAGAAGCCAGGCUGGAGGAGCAGGGCCGUGAAACUAGCAAGGCCUCCCAUGAUGCAGAUCAGCUCAGACACAUUCUCCAGUACUACCAGGGGUGCCAGAAAGGCAGUAUCAGUGGGCAUCUCAUCCUGGAUUUCCUGUGUGAUUCCGGACCGCAGGCAGUGUCAGACAGUCCUGCUUGCCUCUCUGAGGAGCGCACACUCCUUGCUGAGCGAUUGGGAGCCCUCAGCCUCAGCUGGCUCCUCCUAGAUGGGAAGCUAGGCAGUCAGAUGCGCCGUGCCGAAGAGCUGUUCCGUAGCUGCACGGACCGAGAGAAGCGACUGGGUCGGGUGCUCACCUGGGCCGUGAGGCAGAGAGAGAGGAUGAGGGAGUGGCAGGCACCUGUCAGUCAGACGCAGGUGGGAAGGGCCCUGCUUGCGUGGGAGGCCGUGGAGGAGGAACUGAAAGACGUGUGUGUGGAGGUAGAGGAGCUGCGGGUGCUGUGUGAGGGAACAGAUCGGGAGACAUGGUCUGCAGACUCAGUCAACCAGGUCUUCACAGAAUUAAGCCAGCAGAUUGGCAGUCUGAGGCCUGCUCUCCAGCAGGUACUGGACCAGUGGAGCCAGUUUGACAAAGACCUGGGUGAGGUUUCCCUUCACACCUGUAGGCUGCGCUUUAGUCUGAAGCUUAGCAGUGGUUCCCUGGUCUCCUACAACCAGGUCAGCAGGUGUGUGGAACACUUACAGGGCCUCCAGGCAGAGGCCAGGAAUGGGGAGGAGAUGUGGGCUUCUCUGGAUCUAUCUUGUACAGGCCUAAGGGGUCUGGUUAGUCCUGGAGCAGCCCAACUCCUUAUUGAGAGACUGGAGAUGCAGAGAUCAUUGUGGAAAGCAGUAGUGCAGGAGGUGGACGAGGAGCUGUCAAGGAUGAGGAAUCUGCUGUCCGGUUGGCAGGAGUACAGCCUCAAGUUCGAACAUUGCGCUGUGAACCUGAAACGCCUCCAGGACCAGUGGCAGGGGCUGCUCAGCUCUUUGUCGACGCCACCCCACGCCACAGGUGCCCUGGUUGAUGCCAUUAAGCAUCAGCAGGUCAGAUUAGAAGAUGUUCAAAGCUGUCUAAAGGAGGUUCUCGUUGCCUCAAAGCCUCUAACUGGACAGAUGGAGCCACUAGUCACAUCCUUCAUCAAAUCCGAGACCAGGCUGUUGUCACACGACCUGGUGCUGCUGAGUCAGGCAUUGUCAAAGAAACAAGCACAGCUUCAGGAGGAGUUGGAUCAACGUAACACCAUCAGCAGCAGUAUGGAGUCCCUGGAGCCACAGCUGGGGGCCUUGUAUCACAUGCUCAAUACCCAUGUCUGCAACAUGGACAGUGUGAAGUCUGUUCUGAUCGAACUGAGACAUCUGCGUCCUGCAUUGGAUGACCUCACCGAGUCCAGCUUCUCUUUAACUCUGGAUGACCCGGAAGCAGAUAGACUACAGGCCCUGACGAGGAAGUGGGCGCAAGUCCUCACCUGUGCCUCCCAUAUGUACAGAGAUAUACAGGCUGAGGCCCAGCACUCUCAGAGCUUUGAGCAGAAGUGGGGCAACUGGAUGAGCUUCCAGGAGAAGAUGGAGGAGGAUUUAAAACCAGACAUUUCUGGACACUAUUCCGGUCUUUGUGACCAGCUGGCAAUUCAUCAGACACUCCGGAUUGAGGUGUUGGCCGGGGACAAAGUCUUCAGAGAGCUCAUCAGCAAUGCAUUGAUUUCAAUGGAAGACACCUCAGAAGAGGAAAGCAGGCCUGACCUCACCCUAAAGCUGGUGGAGAUGAGAGAGCGUUGGCAGGGGGUUGUGAGUGCUGAACAGCAGCGAAGGAGCCUGGUGCAGAACAGGUUGGCCCAGUGGCGUUUUGUCAACCGCUGCAUGAAGAGGCUAAUGAGGCUGUUAAGAGACAUAGAGGUCUUACUUCCCCCUGCUACUCUGGCCCUUUGUACUCUGCAGCGGCUCCCUGGUGCCUUCAUGGACUUGAAGCGCGUUGAAGAGACUCUUCUCCAGCAAGAUGUCCUCUACAGACAGACACUAGAGGUGGGGGGGCUGCUGCACACCUGGGCGGAGCCACACACCCUGGUCCAGAUACAAAGGGACCUAGAGACCUUGCAGGAGGCCUGGGACCACACCAGGGAACUGCUGGGGGAAAGGAAAACCCUGCUUGAAAGUGUUGUUCAGAACUGGAGCCGCUGUCAGACCAGACUAGCCGAUAGCGCACACAGACUGGAGCAGCUCAGAGACAGGCUAAACCAGCCGCUGCCAGCGAUGCAGGAGGAGCUACAAUGUGAAGAGAAGCUCACAGAGGAGGACAAGGCCUCUUUGGAGCUGUGGACCGGUGGAAUGAAGGAGCUGUCCACCAUGAAGACGGACCUUUCCCAGUACAUCCUGUCCGGGGACGCCACCCUGCUACAAGGACAGGUGGAGCAGCUGCACUGCCAGUGGGAGGAACUCUGUCUGAAGGUAUCCCUACGCAGGCAGGAGAUAGCCGACCGCCUGAGCGCCUGGACCAUCUUCAACGACAAAAACAAGGAGCUGUGCGAUUGGCUGACCCAGAUGGAGAACAAGGUGUCACACAGCGGAGACCUGAGCCUUGGGGAGAUGCUGGAGAAGCUGAAGAAGGACUGCAUGGAAGAGAUCAACCUGUUCAGCGAGAACAAGAGUCACCUGAAACAGCUUGGGGAGCAGCUGAUGUUGGCCAGCGACCGGGCAAAGCAGGACCAGCUCCAUGGCACCCUGAGGGAUGUCAGCGACCGCUGGCAGCACCUGUUCAAACACAUAGAGGCCAGGGUGAAGAAGCUAAAAGAGACCCUGGUUACCAUGCAACAGCUGGACAAGAACAUGAGCAACCUGCGUUCGUGGCUGUCCGGUAUCGAGACCCAACUGGCCAUGCCCGUCACCUACAGCAUGUGUCACCACCAGGAGAUCCAGAGGCAACUUGCCCAACAGCAGGAGCUUCAGCGGGACAUCGAGCAGCACACAGAAGGCGUGGCGUCCGUCUUGACACUGUGUGACGCCCUGCUGCACGACGAGGAUGUUUGUGGGGGCGAUAGCGACCCCCUCCAGCAGACCUCGCGCAGCCUGGACCAGCGCUGGAGGGCCAUAUGUGCCACGUCCCUGGAGAGAAGACUUCGAAUCGAGGAGACCUGGAGGCUUUGGUGUAAGUUCCUGGAUGACUACUCUCGCUUCGAGGACUGGCUCAAGGUGGCCGAAAGCACGGCAGCCAACCCCAACUCAGAGAAUGUUCUCUAUACAGUUGCUAAGGAGGAGCUUAAGAUGUUUGAGGGCUUUCAGAGGCAGGUGCAGGAGCGUCUGACCCAGCUGGAGCUGGUCAAUAACCAGUACCGCCGUCUGGCCCGGGAAAACCGCACCGAUGGCGCCAGCUGCAUCAAGGCCAUGGUCCAUGAGGGGAACCGCCGCUGGGAAGCGCUGCACAGGAGGACGGCGGCCAUCUUACGCAGGCUCAAGCAUUUCACAGGGCAGAGAGAGGAGUUUGAGGGGACCAGGGAGAGCCUGUUGGUGUGGCUCACAGAGAUGGACCUGCAGCUCACCAACGUGGAGCACUUCUCUGAGACGGACGUGCAGCACAAGAUAAAGCAGCUGAACGGCUUCCAGAGGGAGAUCACCCUGAACACGGAGCGUAUUGACAGCUUGAUCGUGUUUGGCGAGGGCCUGAUCCAGAGGAGCUCCCCGCUGGACGCCGCGCUCAUCGAGGACGAGUUAGAGGAGCUCCACUCCUACUGUCAGGAGGUGUUUGGCAGGGUUGUCCGCUUCCACCAGCGCCUCACGCAGCCACGGGUGUUCAAAGAGGAGCCCAAGGUCUCCGGUGGGGAUACCCCUCUGAAGGGGAGCUGUGAGCUCAUUGGACGUCCUUGGCUGCGGCGAAGUCAGAGUCAGGGGAGUGUCCCGGCCACACCCACCCACCUGUUGGUCCCGCCCAUGGAGGGUUCGGGCCGGGAGACACCUGUAAGCGUUUGUGACUCCAUUCCUCUAGAGUGGGACCACACAGGAGAUGUAGGAGGAUCUUCGUCACAAGAGGAUGAGGAAGAGAUUGAUAAGGAAGAGGGGAUUUACUACUGUGCCCUGUCAGUUCCACUUCGAUCUACAUCUGAGUCUCCCAGCUGGCACUCACCAGGCAGUCAAGACAGGAGGUCCCUCCGACUGGAAUCUACUGACAGCCGGGACCCUUUACCUACACACUCCAGCACCCCAUUAAAACAGGGCUAUGUGCAUCUGAUGUCAGAGUGCAGUGGCAGCAUCAGGAAUGUCAAGAGGGUCUCCCUGAUCCUGGAUAACGAGGAGCAGCCAGAGGAACAGGGACUCACUGGCUUGACAACGGCUGACAAACAAGCAGGGGUGAUCGAGCGCUGGGAGCUGCUGCAGGCUCAGGCCAGGAGCAACCUGCUGCCUGGCCCAAGGGAACCCCAGCAGCUGACCUCUGACCUAUGCGAGGUCACUUCCUGGCUGGGGCAGGUGAUGCCUGAGCUGGAGAAAGUGCUUUGUCUCGGGCCUCCCACCAGUAUCCAAGACAUGGAGGAUAGGGUCAAGCAACUGAAGGAGAUGCAGAAGGCCUUUGCCCACUACAAGGGUGUCAUGCUUUCGCUCAACCUGGCUGGUCGCCAGUUGCAGGAAUGUGGCAGUCCAGAGGCUCGGGAGCUAGAGGAGGGCUUGGCCAGAAUGAACCAGGACUGGGGGCUGACUUGCACUAGCAUGGAGGAGUGGGAGGACAGUCUGAGGACCACUCUCUUGCUCUGUCGGGAAUUCCACGAGACACUGCACUCCCUACUACUCUGGCUGGCCCACGCCGAAAGCAGACGCUACGCCGUCGACAUCAACCACCCGGACACGCCCCCGGAAACGCUGUGGGAGCACUGCAACACACUCACCAGCCUCCAGGAGGAGUUGAGAUCGAGACAGAGCCAGGUGGGUACGCUGAAGGGGCUUUGGAGGCAGCUUCAGCCAGCGGAGUUGGGGGGUGGGGAGGAGAGCGCAGAGACUCAGGAGAAGCUCCAUGUGACGUCCAACAAACUGCAGACGUUACUCCGCCAAGUAGCCAGUGACCUCCGAGUUUUAGAGGAGCGACUGGACUUCGGGACUUUAUAUGCAGUUCCGGCUGCAGCUCCAGCUGCACUUCAGAGUGAGGACGGAGAGAGUGAGGGAGGCAGCCAAUCCCCCACCAAUGCCAGUCCAGAGCAGGGCACCAGCGCAACACUGACCUCGGCUGACGGGAGUGGGGAGAAGAAAGACCCAACCCCACGUCGCUCCUUCUUCUAUCGCAUGCUGCGGGCUGCCUUUCCCCUGAACCUCCUUGUCCUCCUGGUCCUGGUGCUGACCUGCCUGAUUCCCUUGGCCGAGAACGACAACAGCUGCACCCUGUCCAACAACUUUGCGCGCUCCUUCUACCCCAUGCUGCGCUACACCAACGGCCCACCGCCCACGUGACUCACGCCUGCUCACAAAGCUCACCCGUCCACGUUCAAGUCUGCCUAGGAGCUGGAGAGAGGACGUUUCCACGCUCCAAAAACGGUUUUCACACAUCGGAUUUUAUACUUUAUUUAUUCCCUUAAAAAGCAUUACGGAUUCCCAAUUUCUGUGAUCCACCCAUUUGGAACUAUUUCCCCUGAUGCCUGUUAACAUUUCGGUUUCAAUAUUUGAAAGAGCACAGAAUGUGUACUAUGUCACAUUUUCAGACUUAAUGGAUUUCAGGAGUAUAUAUUUUAUUGUUUUCAAGUUGACGCUUGCACACUGUAGUGUAUGAAUCCAGAUGCAAAGAGAAGGCCUCACGCUUGGAGCACAGUGCCUCUCCGGCUAACCACCACGCAGCCACACUGCCAUUCAGUGCCUUAGACCACUAGGACCAUUUACAUUUCACAAGUAGGAAUAUCCUCAAAUGAAAACAGGACAAAUUAGUGCAAAAAUAAAUGUAUAUUUCCAUGGAUGCAUAGAGCACAAUCCAGAUAGGACACAAAGCCUCAAGAUAACAUGUGUACAGGAUGUCCUAAUACUAAUGGUCUUUAUUUUUCUGGCAAUCAACAUUGUCUUUUUGAAUGAAGAUUACAUGGGAGAAUUCUUUGGAGACUAUGGAAGAUUAUUUAAGUUGACGCUAAUGAGGAUGCACACUCACCAUCUCUGAAUUAAUCACAUGCAAAAUGGAUCAUUAUGGAUAAGGGGGUUACAUGCUGAAUAUUGGCAUGUUAGUUAAAAAAUGUGAUGUAUUCAAUUAUCUGUGUUUUUAAGGGAACUUUAAAAUUUAUUUAAGUACACUGCUAAUUUCAGCACAAUCAUCUUUAUUUCCUAUUCAAUAAAAUGAAACAUAAUAAUGCAAAAGUAAGUAAAGAUCAGUAAUUAAAAAAUAUACACCUGGGCUAAACAUGGCAGUUAUCAGUGAAUUGAAACUUUUGCACAGCUGCCUAGUUAAAAUCAAGGGGAAUCAUAGGGUAAGAGUUAAAUGCCCUGUUUGAGUAAACUUCCAAUUAAUGUUUAGAUUUUGUUCUCUUUUCCAAUUAUAAUGCUUUGGUUUAAUUAGAAUGUUAGAUAUUGCUCCAAAAACUGCUCAUUUUACAUUAGAAACCCAAUGUGUAUGAUGUCUCUGCAAUCAAUUAUUUGUAUUUUUUUGUUAGGGCCCAAGUCAUGUUUGAAUGAUGCCUUAUUCCCACUUGUAAACAAAACAUGCAAAAAACAAUAUGGGACAGUGGAUAAAUGUAAAGAAAUCAGAAAUUUUGUGUAAAGAAUGUAUAUUUGGA